CCCAUCCCGUCCCCGGCGGCGGCGCGGGGCGCGCGGCGGUCCCGGUUAGCGCGGCGGCAUGAAGGAGCCGGCGCUGCCUGGCACCUCGCUGCAGCGGGCUUGCCGCCUCCUCGUCGCCUUCUGCGCCCUGCACCUCUCGGCCACGCUGCUCUACUACCUGGCGGGCAGCUCCCUCACUCCGCCGCGCAGCCCCGAGCCGCCGCCGCGCCGCCCGCCGCCCGCCAACCUCUCGCUGCCGCCCUCCGAGCAGCUCCGGCCCGUCUCGGCGCAGCCCCGCACCCGGCCGGACUCAGCGCAGCCGGGGCUGUGCCCCGACCCGUCCCCGCUGCUCGUCGGACCGCUGCGCGUGGAGUUCUCCCAGCCUGUGAACCUGGAGGAGGUGGCGAACACAAACCCUGAUGUCAGGGAAGGAGGUCGUUUUGCUCCAAAGGACUGCAAAGCAUUGCAGAAAGUAGCAAUCAUCAUCCCGUUCCGAAACCGAGAGGAGCAUCUGAAGUACUGGCUCUAUUACAUGCACCCGAUUCUUCAAAGGCAGCAGCUAGAUUAUGGAGUAUAUGUCAUCAACCAGGAUGGAGAUGAAGAAUUUAACCGUGCUAAACUGCUGAACAUAGGAUUCGUGGAGGCUCUGAAGGAGUAUGAAUAUGACUGCUUUGUGUUUAGUGAUGUAGACCUGAUUCCCAUGGAUGACAGGAACACCUACAAGUGCUACAGCCAACCAAGGCACCUUUCUGUCUCCAUGGAUAAAUUCGGAUUUCGGUUACCCUACAAUCAGUAUUUUGGAGGUGUGUCUGCCUUGAGCAAAGAACAAUUCACAAAGAUCAAUGGGUUCCCAAACAAUUACUGGGGCUGGGGUGGUGAAGACGAUGACAUCUACAACAGGCUGGUGUUCAAAGGCAUGGGCAUAUCUCGGCCAGAUGCCAUCAUCGGGAAGUGCAGAAUGAUUCGCCACUCGCGUGAUCGAAAGAACGAGCCAAACCCGGAGAGGUUUGACCGAAUUGCUCACACCAGGGAGACAAUGAGCUCUGAUGGCUUGAACUCGCUCUCCUACAAGGUGCUAAGGACUGACAGGUUCCCUCUGUACACGAGGAUCACAGUGGCGAUUGGAUCUCCCGGCAGCUGACACGGCCGGCACGGCGGAGACCUCGGGAAGGUCCCCCGGACGCUGGGCUGGCAGAUUCUUUGUGUCAUCGGGUUUUUUAAGGGUUGUGAUGAACAACACGGAGCUCUCUCUGCAUGUCAAAGCCUCUCCAGACGAGCUGGACAACUGCUUUUCCCGUUGGUUGUUUUUAUAACUUCACCUCCAGCUCUCCAUUGUUUUGUAAGUUCAGAGGCUGUACAUAACAGUUGUAAAUACUUCCUCUUGCCAGAAAAUGAUGAAUCUGAUCGGCCACAGCGCUUCCCGUGUUCUGUCAUUGCUGGUCCCAGGUUAGUUUACCAACUGCAGCUGUGGUGCAUCAGCAGUGACUGCCCAUCUUACGGCUUUUUAAAUUGGGUGGAUGAAAACAUUCCUUUUAAUUCAUUCCUUGGUUUUACUUUAUGAAGGACUGUAAGACGCUGCUAAAAUUGUACAAGUUUACUCAUUUCAUUAGGUUGUUUUUUAAGAGAGACAAAAUUACGUGGGUUUUUGUUUUGUUUUUUUUUAAUAGUGACCAAAGCAAACAGUCUUCUCCAUGUGCAGAGCACAUAACGAAUAACCACGUGUGGAUUCAGCGGAUGUCGCAAUCUCUUUCGGUCUCCAAAGAGACUUCUGAGUGAGCUGAGGCAGAAUGUGCCCUCAGAGAGCUCUGUGCAUGGGCUGGGAGCUGCACAGAUGUGCGGGAGCUCCUUGUGACCCGCAGCACCUGCUGGCUUCCCAUAAUGUGCCUGCUGGGUGUGAUUUUUUUUUUCUUGCCUAAGCAGAGCAGGACACACCUGGGGGAUCUCUUUGGUUGGUGGGUCAUUCUGGUUUGCUUGUUUGUUUGUUUUUCCCCCAAAAGAGUGGAUGGGUUUAAAUUGCACAAGGAAUCGAUAGCCUUAACAUUUACAGACACUUUUUACCAGUGGUAGGAAGCUGCCACGCUAUUUAAACAUGGUCUGAAGGUUCUUAAGAACAGCAUUCUGCUAGCAAGGUCAUGUGUAAAACUUGAAUUCACUUAUUACUUUCAUUGUUGUUGUAACUUUUUGAUAACUUUUUAAAGUAAUUUGUAUAUCGUAAGUGGUAUAUUUAAUGCCAGAUUAAAGCAGGGUGCAGCACAAUGGCAUACGCUUCAAGGCCUCCUUUAUCUUCAGGCUGGUAGGCUCCUCUGUGUCACCACAUAUGUGAAUUUGCUCUGGUGUUUGCCCAUGGGCUGCUGAGGUGCAGGCAGGACCCACGGUGCGUUUACUCAGAAGCCUGCUGAGAGUUUUGCUGUGCCAGGAUUCCACGCAGCACUCCGGGGAGGCACAGAGCAGUGCUGCAGGGCACUGCCUUCUGCUGGGCACCGCUGCUCCCAUCCACGGCCCAGGGAAAGUCUUGGGCACCAACACCUCGGAGCUGUUUCAAGCGGUGUAAAGCUCUCUCUGCCAAUGCAGAAAACCUGAUUCCUUCUGGUGAGUUCUGCCCGCCAGCUCUGAUCACAGCAAUUUGCACUUCCCUUGGCCUGUGCUGGAGGCUGUUGAAAUCAGGGACACAUGUAUUGGGGAUCAUCUUCAGCACUGCCUUUUUUCUUUCCCUUUUAACUAUUUUCCUGUUUUUUUGCUUUUUUUUUGUUUGUUUGUUUGUUUGUUUGUUUAUUUUCUUUUUCCUUUCCCUUUUUGGGGACUUAGGAGCUGAAGGUUUUGCUGAAUCCUUGCACUACAGGGGUGGGAUCCUGCAGGGCCAGGGGGACAGUGCCUUGCUCUAUUGUCUUGAUAUUUCUUCCUAGCCAGCAGUGGCCCCAAGGAUGCACAGACCAUGCUCCCAGCGAGGUACCCAGCUGCAUUUCCAGUGUCACUUUGGAAUCAUGCUCACCCCAAGUACUUGCAUACGGCUUCUGGCCAGACCUGCUGCACCGGCUACACCUGGCAUGGCAUGAGGGCAGGCUUGCAGAGCACACUGAAGGAAUGACCUUUUGGCAGGUCAGGCUCUGGUGCACGCAGAUACAAGGGGGUGUGCAAAAGCAGGAUGUGUUGCAGAAGCCAGACCAGAUACCCAUCUGCAGAACCCUGGUAUAGCCACAGACUGCACCAGUAACUGAGAUAUAGGCAAGGGGUGGUGGUUUUGUUUUUACAUUUUCUGAUGUGCCUUGCAGGCUGGGCCCUGCUUCCACAGGCCAGCUCAGCACCAAACCCCACUGAGCACCUACUAGCAAUCCAGGGUCUCUGAGGGAGCACUUUGGUUUAGCCCUGAGCCUCUGUGCUCUGGAAAGCUGGAACCUGUGGCUGUGGAGGUACCCGUCUGCACACACUGGCAAUGCAAAGUGCCCGUCUUCUGCAUCUGAGUGUUCUUUUGGGCUUUGCUUGUUUGUUUUUUCUUCUGAUUAUCUGGAGAUUAGAAAACCUUUGUGUAAUGAGUUGUUGUUUUGCUGUAUGCUGGAAUCACGGAAUAUCGGUGCAGGUGGUCUGAGCUCUUCCUUCUGGUGUUGCAAUCGAAGCUGUCUACAGAUGUGCCUUGAUAUCCUUUGGGCAAAUGGGAACUGGAAAACCAGGAAACCUGAAAAUGGUUUUCAGCACACAGAUACUGGUGGAGCAGGAACUGCCGCCUUGUUUCUUUUCCAACACAAAUGCUUGUGUCAAAGCUGGGGCUGCUUCUUGUUUGUUUCACCAUUUGGGGCCAACCUGUGGUAUCCAACUCUUGUCCCUGCAUUAAGCUGUGCUCCUUGUUUUGGUGAAGGCUUUUGGUUCAGCCUGGCCCCAGAAUUGUCCUCGGGGGCCUUUUCCACAAGAACUCAUGUUUACAUAGAACUCAUUUUUCACCUGUGCGGGGUGGUUCUUUCCCUCCUGCAGCAACACUCAAAGCAGUGCUGUGCAUAGUGGUGGGCACCUACAAGAAAUAGCUGCAGGGGAAGCACCAAUGCUCAUUUUCCUGGGUGCUGCUGUUUGCUUGCAGGGAUGAGGAAGGGUCCUGGCAUGCAGCUUUUCCCCUGGAUGUUACUUAUGUACCAGACUGUUCGCAGGUCUCCUGCAGAUGGUUUAGCUUUUGCAUUUCUAUCAUUUAUAUGCCAAUGGAUGUAUAAUCCAAUGUUCCUAUUUUACUGCUGGUGUCAAAUAAAGUAUUUUCGGUUAUGA